AUGGCCCCCCGCAUUAACACCAUCCACGACUACAACCAGCCCCGGCAGCCACCGGCCAUCAACCGCAACUGCCCCGGCAUGACUUCGAUAUGGCCCUUCUCGAUCAGCAGCUUCAGUCCUCUCGGCCGUUUUUCCUGGGGCGACGUGCUACGCCGCAUCGGCAUGAUCUUAAUUCUUUGCGAAAGGACGGGCCUCGAAGCGUACUUUCUGAUCAUUCUGCUGCACAGCAAGAGCGGGCUUGCUUUUAUCAUCUGGCUGGCGAUGGACAUUGUUGCGUUCGUCUUCCUGGCGUGGUGUCUUUCUGUGAUUGGAGACGCGCAGGGAGAUAAGAUUGUUUUUGGGGCGAGAGUGAGCCGCUUCCACUUCGACGCGUUCCUUCUUUUUGCAGCGCUCGUGCACCUUUUACUGGUCAUGUCGUUUGGCAUACUCGUAUAUGGUCUUGGAGGCGGUACCUUCAGCGCCAUCUGGAUGGGCAUGUGGUUGUUAUUUAUUGGCGUCGCCUGGGUUGCGCGAUGGGAGGAGGCAGGCCCUGUCAGUCUUGUAUGA